AUGCACAAGAUCCUGCUUCCCCUGGAUGGUAUCGUCAUCCUGACAGUGAUUCCCAAGUGGCUGCCCACCAUCUCGCGCUGGCCUGCCUUCUUUGAACGCUUCUCCGAGAUGGGCUACAACAUGGUCCACUUUGCGCCACUGAACACUCGAGGCAUCUCCAACUCGCCGUAUGCCAUCUACGACCAGCUCUCGCUCUCUGCCGACAUGUUUGACGACGAGCUCCCGGAAGACGACCGCGAGCAGGUUCUUGCUUAUUUCCUGGACAAGAUUCGCAACGAAUACUCGAUCUUGAGCGUCACCGACGUGGUCUGGAACCACACGGCGUGCAAUAGCCCUUGGCUCGAGGAGCAUCCCGAAGCAGGCUACAACCUCAAAACAGCGCCGCAUCUGCGCCCAGCAUACGAGCUUGACGAGGCUCUGAUGAAGUUCUCAGCCAAUCUCGCUCCCGUAUAUGACCUCAGUCCUGAUCUCCGAACCGAGGAACAGCUUGCCCAGAUCAUGAAUGUCUUCAAGACCAAGGUUCUCCCUGGCGUGCGCUUGUGGGAAUUUUACGUUGUUGAUGUCGCUAACUCAGUUAGCGAGCUUGUCAACGCCUGGCCCAAGUCUGAAGAAAGCAACUACGGGCCUUACGCCGACACCAACACUCACAAUCUGUCCCUCAAGGACAAGGCCGAGGUCCUCCGUCGAGAUGCACUUUGCGAUCCAAAGAACGGCCUACGCUUCAGCAAGAUCCUGCAAGUCGACAGAGUCAUUCCGUUUUUGCAGAAAUGGUGCCGUGAUCACGGAAAACAUAUUUCCAACAAUCCUCCCGUCAAGGAAUACGAGUCGAUCUUGAACGAGAUCAAUCUCAUUUACUAUCAGGAGUGCGACAGUGAUGUUGCUUCGAUUGACGAGCAGGUUACCACCCGAGCACGGUACCUUCGUGUACAAGAUCACGGCCCCCGCUUGGGUCCAAUCUCGAGAGAAAACCCUUUGGUGGACACGUACUUUACGCGUCUCCCCGUCAACUCCAAGACUCAAACCCUCCAUCCCGACGAAAUGAAGCUAGCCAACAACGGCUGGAUCUGGAAUGCAGAUCCUCUCGUCAAUUUCGCCGGCCCCAACUCCAAGGCUUAUCUGCGGCGCGAAGUCAUUGCAUGGGGUGACUGUGUCAAGCUGCGCUAUGGCAGUCGACCGGAGGACAAUCCAUGGCUAUGGGAACACCAGGCGGCAUACACUCGCAAGAUGGCUCGUUUGUUUGACGGAUUCCGUAUCGACAACUGCCAUUCAACCCCUAUAGAAGUUGGAUCGUACUUGCUCGACGUGGCCCGCCAGGUCCGUCCGGAUCUCUACGUCUUUGCCGAGCUCUUCACGGGAUCUGAAGAAAAGGAUAUUCACUUUGUCAGUAAGCUCGGCAUCAACUCUCUCAUCCGAGAGGCCAUGAGCGCUUGGAACGUCGCCGAGCUUAGCCGCCUUGUACAUCGAUACGGCGGAGAGCCCAUCGGAUCAUUCACUGUCCCGCCCGAAUAUCUGCCCCUGGAUAUGAUCGGCCAUGAAAUCAACUCGGAUCUAUUCAAGCCACUGACCGACCAGGAUCUGAUCGUCAGCGUCAAGGGAUCGACCCCGCACGCUUUGUUCAUGGACUGCACCCAUGACAACGACACCCCACAUCAGAAGCGAACUGCGGAAGACUCCCUGCCCAACGCCGCCGUUGUUGCCAUGUCAACCUGUGCUGUUGGCAGCGUGAAGGGCUACGACGAGCUGGUUCCCGAGCUGCUGAAUGUUGUUCAUGAGACCCGCAAAUAUCGCGUCCCAGAUGCCGGCGAAGGCAUCAUUCCUGCAAAAUCUAUCCUUUCCAUCUUGCAUACCAAGAUGGCACGUGAGGGCUACUCUGAAAUCCAUGUCCAUCAAGAGAACGAUUUUAUCACGGUGCACCGUGUUCAUCCGAUCACACACGAUGGAUACUUCUUGAUCGCUCGCUCCGCCUUCCAGAGAGGCAAUCAAAGCCCCGCCCAGCACUCCAAGAUUGUUUUGGCGAAUCAGAGCGUUCGCGUUGUUGAGUCGGCCUCGCUCAAGACGCCCGAAGCAGGCAGUGGCGUCAAUCUCGCUAGUUUAUCGCUCCGCCGUCGAUCGCGCACGUUUGGCAUGAUCACAGGUCUUCCAUCGACACUGGACUUUUCCGCUAGCAUAUCUCAGUUUGCCCAUGCCAGCGAAGAGCAGAACGGAUACAAGAACGACUUCAACACUGUGAUCACCGUGGACCCCGAGCGCUUUGUGCCUGGAUCUAUCGUCUUGUUCCGCACAUGGUUGUGGUUCACAUCGGAUGUGUCAAGUUGGCCGCCCGGACUCUUCGAGGCCACCCAGGAUCUUGACAUCGAAGAAAUCAACGUAGUUCUUUACCGAGCCGCUCAGGAGGAGGUGGACACCAUCGGCGACGGUGUCUACGACGUACCAGGCUAUGGCCCGUUUGCGUACUGCGGCCUGCAGGGCUUUGUCUCAAGCCUCCUUCCUGCUUUGCGAAACAACGAUCUGGGACAUCCAAUCAACAACAAUUUGCGCUCAGGACACUGGAUGAUGGAUUACAUCUCCCAUCGCCUGGAUAAAUACCUCACGUACUACCCCAAGCUGAAGUUGAUCAAAAACUGGCUCGCCGAACGCUUCGGGCUGAUCCGCCAGAUCACCAAUUCGCUCGUCCCCAAGUACUUUGCGCUUGUGGUUUUGCUGGCCUACCAGGGUCUUCGAUACACUGCGAUCGCCAAAGCCUCGAAGGCGAUUCAGUUCGCCUGUCCCGACCUCUCGACUCGUCGUGUCUCAUCGCUGGAGACGCUUGCCCAAAGUCUGAUCAUGACCACCUACCAGCUCUACGGCAGCGUCAAAUCCACGGGGCUGUAUCCGUAUAUUUACCCAACUCGCACCAAGUCCUUCCCCGACGGCCUCAAGGCAGCCUGCCUGGCUGCCGGCCUGCCUCAUUUCUCGACCCACCAUAUGCGAUGCUGGGGACGCGAUGUUUUCAUCUCCAUUCCCGGAUUGCUGCUUACCACCGGCCAUUUCUUGGAGGCUAAGGAUCAUUUGAUUGGUUUUGGUUCUACGCUGCGCCAUGGCUUGAUUCCAAAUCUCUUGGAUCAAGGCCUGCGUCCUCGGUACAACGCCCGCGAUGCGGUCUGGUGGUGGCUUUAUUGCGUGCAGCGAUACUGCCAGAUGGCUCCGGAAGGACUGGAGUUCCUUGGAACGGUGGUCGCAAGACGCUUCCCCCCCAAGAAACGGUAUCGCUCUGAUGAUCCAAGUGCCUUCUUGAAGGCGAGUCUCGGCGACUCGGAUGACGAUGGCGAUCAGUAUACCGAGCUUCAGGACCCGCGCACGUACAAGUAUAAAUCCACGAUUGCUGAGCUCUGCCACGAGAUUUUGGAGCGCCAUGCCAACGGCAUCCAUUUCACGGAGUGGAACGCCGGCCCGAACUUGGAUCAUGCCAUGACUAGCGAGGGAUUCAACAUCAGCAUCUCGACCCAUUUUGACGACCCUAUCCACACUGGGUUGAUCUUUGGCGGAAACCGCUACAACUGCGGCAGCUGGAUGGACAAGAUGGGCGACAGCGAAAAGGCCGGUACCAAAGGGCUGCCUGCAACGCCGCGCGAUGGUUGCGACGUCGAAAUUGCGGGAUUGCUCAAGGCCACUCUGCGCUGGGUGUCCAGCGAAGUUCUCACCCAUGCGCCUCACCACUGGAAAUGGCCGGGCUUUGAAGUCACCCGCGGGCAAAAGUCAUUCCAAAUCAGCUAUUCAGACUGGAACCAAAUGAUCCAAAAGUCUUUCGAAAAGUCGUUUUAUGUGCCACUUGACCCCAAGGAUGACCCCAAAUACGAUAUCCAGCGCCCAGAGCUGGUUAACCGCCGAGGCAUCUACAAAGACACCGUCGGGUCUUCGAUUCCGUUCAUGGACUAUCAACUCAGGCCAAACAUGUUUGUUGCCAUGGCCGUGGCGCCCGAGCUAUUUACAGACACAUACGCCCGCAACGCCCUGGAUAUUGCUUUGAAAGCCCUCAAUGGCCCGUGUGGUAUGAAGACGCUCGAUCCCGCUGACUGGAACUACAGAGGCCACUAUGAUAACGGAAACGACUCCGCGGACCCCAAAGUGGCCCAUGGAUACAAUUACCAUCAAGGACCCGAAUGGGUGUGGAUCAUGGGAUACUUCCUCCGCGCACAUGUGCAAUUCUCGUCUGCAAGCAGCGAAGAGGUCGCCCGCACUCUCGCUUUGAUCCAGAAGACCCUGUAUGUACACAAGCUCCACAUACUGGAAACACAGACAGCCCGCUUCGUAGGACUGCCAGAGCUGACCAACGCCGAAGGCGAGCACUGCUUCGGCUCAUGCGAGACUCAGGCCUGGAGCUCCGCAACCUUCCUCGAGCUUAUUGCUGACUUGGUGCGCAUCGCGAACAAGUGA